CCCUUGUCGUAGACCCAAGACGGUCCCAAGUCAUCCAACCUUACCGCGAACACGUCAAACGCCCGACGACGAAACAAACCUAGACCUCACAGGUUGACAGGAAGAAAGGGUAAGAAGGAAAAACCGAAAGGAAGACAGAAGGGGAGAAGAAAACAGGGAAAACAACAACAAUAGGAACAGUAGUAAUCAGCCUUCCAUCUCUCUCUCUCUCCCCCCAAAGUCCAGGCUGUCCAACUGUUAGUAUUUAUUACCUUACAGCAAAAAAAUAAAAAGUAUUUAUUACCUAGACCAUGACGCCUACCUGUAUUCUGUAUACCUAUUUACCCAAAAUUAUUACUAAUAAGUCACAGCAACGGAAGCCGAAUCAGCCUGCAGCACCACCACGACGCAGGUAAUCGGGAUCAUUAUCUUGCAGACUUACACAGUUACACAUCAUGCAUUCUCGUGUUAGUUCUUGAGCCACGAAUCAAUACCCAUCUCCGCCGCUGACGCUGCCACACACCAGCACCGGCACCGGUAUCAACCUCACCACACCCCACCAGAGCCAGAGGUGACAAGUCCGUCAACUGCUCGCUCAAUUCUUUCUCGAUUUGAGGACUGGGCAUUGAAAAAACAAAAACAACUGGAAAAAGGGGAAAAAAAACAGAAAGAGGUCGGAUAGAAGGUCGAGGAAAAUUAAAUGGUUAACUAAAGCAUGGGUGGUAGUGUUGGUCUGGCAGAGUGGGAGUGAGAUUCGAUUAGUUGGUAAGAAGAAAAAGAAAGAAUCCGACCGCCCAUGUCCCAGUCCCCCCACCGUUUUCUGCUUGGAUUGCCUCAACUCAAAAAUCUGUGCCCCUACAGCUACGCCUCUUACUUAACAACAGCAACGAUGCCCUCACCAUCAUCCAUCGUCGUUGCCGUCUCCUUAUCUGUAAAUGGCUACUUGUGUUCUGCUCGGCAGUGGCAGUGGUAGUAGUAGUAGCAGUAAUACUAGUGGCAACGGUGGAUUAGGCAGCGGUACCGGCUUCGACCAUCGAAACGUUGCUUUGAGUUUCCCACCCUAUCCCCAACAUCUGCAACACGACGACGACAAGGACGACCGCCGACACCUGCCCAACCCAAAGAUGGUGAGGAAGAGAACCGCGUCUGAAUUGGAUCUUCAAACCGGCGAUUGUCAAAGAUUCUCUCGACGGGCCCCCGACUCCUUGGCCGACAUAGACAUCGACCGUUCUCCCUUGGCUUUCCAACACCCUAGAAUUAUUGCCUCCGUCGACAGCAACAGCAACUCCACCACUAAUUCAAAUCCAGUUUCCGUCCCUAACACCACCAACCACUCCGCUAUGUUACCUUCCCCCAAUAAUUCCAAUCUCACGUCAGGCGUUUCUGGUUUUCCUUCCAACCUCACUUACUACCUGGACGCCAUCCAGGCCACCCCGUCUUCCGCAGCGGCUGUAUGCGGCUUCUCUGGUCUGCCCUUGUUCCCAUCGGAACGAGAUCGAAACAACGCCGCCGCCGCCGCCGCCGCCGCUGCCACCAACACAGACACUCUACCCGGCGGGGGAGCUGGGCUUCUACUUCCUGCUCCUUCCGGCCCUUCUCCUCCCAUGGACGGGGACCCCACGACCAGCAAUGCUACAGCGACUGCAUGGAUCGAUAGCGUCGUAAAGGACCUCAUCCACAGCUCCACUGGUGUGUCUAAUAUUCCUCAGCUUAUCCAGAACGUGAGAGAGAUAAUCUAUCCUUGCAACCCAAGCCUCGCUUCCCUCCUGGAGUACAGGCUUCGCUCGUUGACGGAGCCAGCGGUAGUUACCGAUCAUCAGCUGCUUGAGAGAAGGAAGGAGGCGGUGUUUUGGCAGCGGCAGCAACAACAACAGAUUCAAACACAGGUGCAAGGCUCUUCUGGGCUUAGGCUCUACACUGAGAACGUCUCCUCUUCCUGUCCCAUGUCAGAUUCUUCUCCUCAAGCUCAGCAUGCGAUCGUAGCAAACAACUUCUCCAAUUGGGGUGUAGACGUAUCGUCAUCAUCAUCAUCCCAGCAGCAGCCGGGAAAUGAAGGCUUUCAUCACCAGUCGACCUCGACUAUUAUCCCUUCCGUUGCACCUCCACUCCUGACGCUGAAUCAAUCUUUGCCGCAGCAGCAGCAGCAACAGAGCUCGCAUCGUGCCCCAGCAGCAGCAACAGCAUCAACAUCAACGGCAGAAGCAGCAGCUGCUGCAGCUGUAGUGGCUUGUAGUAGCAGAGAGAAGAAAGAGACGAUCCGAAGACAGCAGCAGCAAAAGCGAGACGAGGAAGGGCUCCAUCUCCUCACCUUACUACUGCAAUGCGCUGAGGCUGUAUCCGCCGAUGACUUCGAGCGGGCAAACAAGAUGCUGCUGGAGAUAUCUGAGCUGUCAUCGCCGUUUGGAACGUCGGCACAGCGGGUAGCAGCCUACUUUUCGGAGGCGAUGUCGGCUAGGCUUGUUAACUCUUGCCUGGGAAUAUACGCGCCGUUGCCAUUGGCUAGUGCACCGGCUCUUAGCCAAAAGAUAGUGUCAGCCUUCCAGGUGUUCAACGGUAUCAGUCCUUUCGUGAAAUUCUCGCAUUUCACGGCGAACCAGGCCAUACAAGAAGCUUUUGAGAGGGAGGAGAGGGUGCACAUCAUCGACCUAGACAUCAUGCAGGGACUCCAGUGGCCUGGCCUCUUCCACAUCUUGGCGUCCAGGCCCGGGGGUCCCCCCUAUGUACGCCUUACAGGCCUCGGAACCUCCUUAGAUGCUCUGGAGGCCACAGGGAAGCGAUUAUCAGACUUUGCCGAAACACUGGGGCUUCCCUUUGAGUUCUUUCCUGUGGCAGAGAAGGCUGGGAAUUUGGACCCGGAAAGGUUGAGCGUGAGCAAGAGGGAGGCCGUUGCGGUGCACUGGUUGCACCACUCCCUGUACGACGUUACUGGCUCCGACACCAAUACGCUGUUGCUCUUGCAGAGGUUAGCUCCCAAGGUAGUGACAAUGGUGGAGCAAGACCUGAGCCACGAAGGGUCGUUCCUGGGGAGGUUCGUUGAGGCGAUACAUUACUACUCGGCGUUGUUUGACUCACUCGGUGCGAGCUAUGAGGAGGACAGCGAGGAGAGGCACAUUGUGGAGCAGCAACUGCUGUCGAGAGAAAUACGGAACGUAUUGGCGGUCGGUGGACCUGCUCGGAGCGGAGAGGUGAAGUUUCACAACUGGAGGGAGAAGCUGAAGCAGUCCGGGUUCAGGGAGGUGUCCUUGGCGGGGAAUGCGGCCACCCAAGCUACACUGCUUCUGGGAAUGUUCCCCUGCGAUGGCUACGCGCUGGUCGAGGACAAUGGUUCCCUGAAGCUCGGCUGGAAGGACCUCUGCUUGCUCACCGCUUCUGCCUGGAGACCCAUUCAUCAUCACCCUGCAGCUUACACUCUACUCGCCCACCACCGUUAGCUGGUCACCAAUACUAGCUAUUUAUUAUUCAGUGAGUACUACUACUUUUUGGUAUUAGUAGUUCCGAGAGCUACUGAGCUCAGCUAUCUGUGGAGUGGAGUCCCCCAUUUCCACCAUUUAUUCAUCAUGGUCGAUCGUACUUGUUAGAGUUUGUUGCUUGUAAUUGUCCCCACCCCCCAAAAAAUAGAAACACCCUACGCUCGCCUGAAUUCCGAAUUA